AUGAAUCCCAAACGUGCCGAUGCUGCCUGGGAACACUCCUCAACUGGCGCCGGUGCGAAACGGUCACGGUCCGAAAAUGAUGCUCUCCCAGCUUUCACCACCGCACACCAGGUCUUGAACGCACAGUCCAGAGCGCAGAGAACCAGCACUGUGCAGGAUUCCCACGAUACCAGGCGCUUACGGCCCAGCAGAAUAGACCUGCUAUCCAACUCUAGCAAUAGUGAGUCCUCUCGCUUGCAGAAUCUGUCGGAGUACUCGCAAAGGACCUCUGUAUCCAGUACUCCUGGACCAGCCCAGAAUCCCAUCCUCUCUCUCAGCCACCCAAAAUACGGUUUACCGACUGCCCUGGUCAAGAAUUUUGCAUCUCUGGGUGUCAACGCUAUUUAUCCAUGGCAAGCAUCAUGCCUCUUAGGCAGGGGCCAUCUGUCAGGAGAAAAGAAUCUGGUGUACAGUGCUCCAACGGGGGGUGGUAAGUCAUUAGUUGCAGAUGUAUUAAUGCUGAAACGCAUCCUUACCUGCCCGGACAAAAAAGCUAUCCUGGUUCUCCCUUAUGUUGCUCUCGUCCAGGAAAAGCUGAAAUGGCUCAGACGCGUAGUUGAAGGGAUACCCCGAUGCACGCAUGAUGAUGAUGAUGAUGGUGCUGAUAACUCCGCCGAUGGGGCCAGAUCUUCUCGGCUCAAACCUGAAGAGAACUUCAUCCGAGUUACAGGUUUCUUCGGUGGAAGCAAGGCCAGGACAACCUGGUCAGAUACAGAUGUCGCGGUGUGCACCAUCGAGAAGGUUGCUCCACACCAGCUCGACUUCACUCUGUCUGAAAAUACUGCUAACACUAUUGCAAUCGAAGAUUGUACAAUUGAUAAGCUAGGUGUAAUCGUUCUCGAUGAACUGCAUAUGCUCGAUGAUGAACACCGUGGUUACCUGAUAGAAAUCAUGGUAACAAAGCUUCUUCUGCUUCAGCAAGAUAUCCAAAUAAUCGGCAUGAGUGCAACUUUAUCGAAUACAGAGGUCCUUGCAAAGUGGUUGAAUGCGAAUUAUUAUAUAUCUCGAUAUCGGCCGAUACCCGUCGAAGAAUUCUUAGUGUUUGAAGAUUAUAUUUAUCCAGUGCCUACCACAAAGGGCCUUCUUCGGAAGAUGAUCAGGCCCGAUACAUCAAAUCCAAAUGAUGUCCCGGCUUCAGCGUGCCGAGUCAUACGUAAGUCGGAAUUUCGGGAGUUAGCGUUCCCAAUUCCAAAUGCUAUGGUUGCCCUUGCCUGCGAAACAGCAGCUGCAGGUUAUGGCGCUCUUGUAUUUUGUGGGAGCAGGCAAGCUUGCCAGACAAAUGCGGUGCUCAUAGGAGAUGCAAUGCCAGACACUCUGGAUGCAGAUACUAUUGAGAAGCGCCUGGACCUAGUAGCAAGCUUGCAAAGCCUCCCUUGCGGACUUGAUACCUACUUUGCCAAAACUAUACCGAGAGGUGUUGCUUUUCAUCGUCAGUAUUCCCCUUCCUAA